AUGGAGCUGGAGAACUAUGAACAGCCUGUGGUGCUGAGAGAGGACAACCGCCGUAGGCGCCGGAGGAUGAAGCCGCGCAGCGCUGCGGCCAGCCUGUCCCCCAUGGAGCUCAUCCCCAUCGAGUUUGUGCUGCCCACCAGCCAGCGCAACUGCAAGAGCCCCGAAACCGCGCUGCUGCACGUGGCGGGUCACGGCAACGUGGAGCAGAUGAAGGCCCAGGUGUGGCUGCGCGCACUGGAGACGAGCGUGGCGGCGGACUUCUACCACCGGCUGGGCCCGGACCACUUCCUCCUGCUCUACCAGAAGAAGGGGCAGUGGUACGAGAUCUACGACAAAUACCAGGUGGUGCAGACUCUGGACUGCCUGCGCUACUGGAAGGCCACGCACCGGAGCCCGGGCCAGAUCCACCUGGUGCAGCGGCGUGCGCCCUCUGAGGAGUCGCAGGCCUUCCAGCGGCAGCUCACCGCGCUGAUUGGCUAUGACGUCACCGACGUCAGCAACGUGCACGACGACGAGCUGGAGUUCACGCGCCGUGGCCUGGUGACCCCACGCAUGGCGGAGGUGGCCAGCCGCGACCCCAGGCUCUACGCCAUGCACCCCUGGGUGACGUCCAAGCCCCUCCCAGAGUACCUCUGGAAGAAGAUUGCCAACAACUGCAUCUUCAUCGUCAUUCACCGCAGCACCACCAGCCAGACCAUCAAGGUAUCGGCCGACGACACCCCUGGCACCAUCCUGCAGAGCUUCUUCACCAAGAUGGCCAAGAAGAAAUAUCUGAUGGAUAUCCCCGAAAGCCAAAGCGAACGGGAUUUUGUGCUGCGCGUCUGUGGCCGCGAUGAGUACCUGGUGGGCGAAACACCCAUCAAAAACUUCCAGUGGGUGAGGCACUGCCUCAAGAACGGAGAAGAGAUUCACCUGGUGCUGGACACGCCUCCAGAUCCGGCCCUAGAUGAGGUGAGGAAGGAAGAGUGGCCGCUCGUGGACGACUGCACGGGAGUCACCGGCUACCAUGAGCAGUUGACCAUCCAUGGCAAGGACCAUGAGAGUGUGUUCACUGUGUCCCUGUGGGACUGUGACCGCAAGUUCAGGGUGAAGAUCAGAGGCAUUGAUAUCCCAGUCCUGCCACGGAACACCGACCUCACAGUUUUUGUGGAGGCAAACAUCCAACAUGGACAGCAAGUCCUUUGCCAAAGGAGAACCAGCCCUAAACCCUUCACAGAGGAGGUGCUCUGGAAUGUGUGGCUUGAGUUCAGUAUCAAAAUCAAAGACUUGCCCAAAGGGGCUCUACUGAACCUCCAGAUCUACUGCGGUAAAGCUCCAGCACUGUCCAGCAAGGUCCCUGCGGAGUCCCCCAGUUCUGAGUCCAAGGGCAAAGCUCAGCUUCUCUAUUAUGUGAACCUGCUGCUAAUAGACCACCGGUUCCUCCUGCGCCGUGGAGAAUACGUUCUCCACAUGUGGCAGAUAUCCGGGAAAGGAGAAGACCAAGGAAGCUUCAAUGCUGACAAACUCACAUCUGCAACCAACCCAGACAAGGAGAACUCAAUGUCCAUCUCCAUUCUUCUGGAUAAUUACUGCUACCCAAUAGCCCUGCCUAAGCAUCAGCCCACCCCUGACCCGGAAGGUGACCGAGUUCGAGCAGAAAUGCCUAACCAGCUUCGCAAGCAGUUGGAGGCAAUCAUAGCCACUGAUCCACUUAACCCUCUCACAGCAGAGGACAAAGAAUUGCUCUGGCACUUUAGAUAUGAGAGCCUUAAGCACCCAAAAGCAUAUCCUAAGCUAUUUAGCUCAGUGAAAUGGGGACAGCAAGAAAUUGUGGCCAAAACAUACCAAUUGUUGGCCAGAAGGGAAGUCUGGGAUCAAAGUGCUUUGGAUGUUGGCUUAACAAUGCAACUCCUGGACUGCAAUUUCUCAGAUGAAAAUGUAAGAGCCAUUGCAGUUCAGAAACUGGAGAGUCUGGAGGACGAUGAUGUUCUGCAUUACCUUCUACAGCUGGUCCAGGCUGUGAAAUUUGAACCAUACCAUGAUAGUGCCCUUGCCAGAUUUCUGCUGAAGCGUGGUUUAAGGAACAAAAGAAUUGGUCACUUUUUGUUUUGGUUCUUGAGAAGUGAGAUAGCCCAGUCCAGACACUAUCAGCAGAGGUUCGCCGUGAUCCUGGAAGCUUAUCUGAGGGGCUGUGGCACAGCCAUGCUGCAUGACUUUACCCAACAAGUUCAAGUAAUUGAGAUGUUACAGAAAGUCACCCUUGAUAUUAAAUCGCUCUCUGCUGAAAAAUAUGACGUCAGUUCCCAAGUUAUUGCACAACUUAAACAAAAGCUUGAAAACCUGCAGAAUUCUCAUCUCCCCAAAAGCUUUAGAGUUCCAUAUGAUCCUGGACUGAAAGCAGGAGCACUGGCAAUUGAAAAAUGUAAAGUAAUGGCUUCCAAGAAAAAACCACUGUGGCUUGAGUUUAAAUGUGCUGAUCCUACAGCCCUAUCAAAGGAAACAAUUGGAAUUAUCUUUAAGCAUGGUGAUGAUCUGCGCCAAGACAUGCUUAUUUUACAGAUUCUGCGAAUCAUGGAGUCCAUUUGGGAGACUGAAUCUUUGGAUCUGUGCCUCCUGCCAUAUGGUUGCAUUUCAACUGGUGACAAAAUAGGAAUGAUCGAGAUUGUGAAAGAUGCCACGACAAUUGCCAAAAUUCAGCAAAGCACAGUUGGCAACACGGGAGCAUUUAAAGACGAAGUCCUGAAUCACUGGCUCAAAGAAAAAUCCCCUACCGAGGAAAAGUUUCAGGCAGCAGUGGAGAGAUUUGUUUAUUCCUGUGCAGGCUAUUGUGUGGCCACCUUUGUUCUUGGAAUAGGCGACAGACACAAUGACAAUAUUAUGAUCACAGAGACAGGAAACCUAUUUCAUAUUGACUUCGGGCACAUUCUUGGGAAUUACAAAAGUUUCCUGGGCAUUAAUAAAGAGAGAGUGCCAUUUGUGCUAACCCCUGACUUCCUCUUUGUGAUGGGAACUUCUGGAAAGAAGACAAGCCCACACUUCCAGAAAUUUCAGGACAUCUGUGUUAAGGCUUAUCUAGCCCUUCGUCAUCACACAAACCUACUGAUCAUCCUGUUCUCCAUGAUGCUGAUGACAGGAAUGCCCCAGUUAACAAGCAAAGAAGACAUUGAAUAUAUCCGGGAUGCCCUCACGGUGGGGAAAAAUGAGGAGGAUGCUAAAAAGUAUUUUCUUGAUCAGAUCGAAGUUUGCAGAGACAAAGGAUGGACUGUGCAAUUUAAUUGGUUUCUACAUCUUGUUCUUGGCAUCAAACAAGGAGAGAAACAUUCAGCCUAAUACUUUAGGCUAGAAUUAAAAACAAAUUCGUGUCCUAUGGUUUAAAUUAGCAUAUCAGUCAUCAAACUUGGAUUUCAAAUGCAGUAGACAUUGUGAAAGCUGGCAUUUCAGAAGUAUACCUUUUUUCUUAGCUGAACUCUUCCCUGGAGAAAAAAUAAUAUUGGCAUUCCUGAUUGGUCGGUUAAGUAAUGUUCAGUACUAGGCUUAUUUGCAGGUCUGUUUUUUCUCAUUUGUCUGUGGCAUUGGAGAAUAUUCUCAGUUUAAACAGACUACUGACUUCCUUAUUGUCCCUGAUAUUUUUACUAUCUUUCUGUUGAGUGCUUCUUGAAAUUCUUUGGAAUAAUUGGUGACGUCUAUUUUCAUCUGGGUUUACUCUCAAUUUUGGUUAUCUUUUUGUUCCUCAAGCUCUUUAAAGAAAAAGAUGUAAUCACUGUAAACUUUGUUUCAUUCCUUAAAUGAUGCUUCCAAACACCCCUUAGUGUCUGCAGGUGUUAGUGGUGUGCUAAAAGCUAGGAAAGCAAGUCAGUCUUUUCAGUGUCUUUGGCAAUUACAUUCUUUUGUCAUGUACACCUGAGACACACAAACAUAACUGGGAAAUCUGAACUGUUGUGCCUUGACCAUACUCUGCUGGUCUGGUUCCACGGUUAUGAAUAUGAAAAAAUAGAGAUGAGACCUUUUGUGUCAAUUCUGUCCACAAGAGUGAGUUAUCCAUUACAGUUAGUUAGUAUAGCUUUCUCCAGCAUGGCACCAGAAAGUAACUGCAGGGCCUCUUUUAUGCCUGUACAUUUCUUCCUUUCCUUUCUCCCUGCCUCUCUUUUUCAUCAGUUGUGAUGCUUCCACAGCUCUUUACAGACUUGUGAAAUAUCCAAGAACACCUUUACUCUAGAACUCAAAAAUCCGUUGAAAAACAAUUACUUCUCAAGAAUUAUUAGACUCUUAGGUACUUCUUUGUAAAGAUGUUUAGUGACUUUUUUAGAAGUGUCUUACUAAAGGAGGCAUUCUAGAAAAUAUGAAUUAGCUUCCAAAUGCCUUAAUUUUAAACUUUGGCCUUAACAGUUCUUUUUUUAAUGGAAGAAGAUAUUUAAUAUCUUUAAAAUAUUCCAAGUUAGGAAGACACUACUUGCCUUAUCCAUUUCCCAUUUAAAGGACUUUUAAACUUUGACACAUCCUUCAGAUUUCCUAAAAAUAAUUGAAAUAUCUUACUUUAAAAAUAUUUUUAUCUCUUAAAUGUCUUGUUAUUUAUUGGAGGUAUUGUUCAACCUUAGAGAGACAGAGACCAUUAAAUUAUUUAUAAAAUACUUUGUAAUUACCUGUAGUUAAUACAUUACAUACAUAGAAAAAACUAUGUUAGCAGUGUCUGUGUUUAAAUAUAAUCAGAUAUAAAUAUAUACCUAAUUUUUAAAUUUUCAAAACAGAUACCUGUUUGACUUUGAGGUAGUCUAGAUUUUUUUUUAAAUGUGUGCAAAAUCUCAGUGGUUCCUAAGCCUGGCUGCAAAGAAGAAUCGACAGGGACACUUUUUUAAAACACCCUUAGCAGCUGGUGCAAGAGAGUGAGACCCCCAUCUCUUAAAAAAAAUUAGCCAGGUGUAGUAGUGUGUGCCUGUAGUCCCAGGUACUCAGGAGGCUGAGGCAGGAGGAUUACUUGAGCCCAGGAGGUUGAGGCUGCAGUCAGUCAUGAUCAUGCCCCUACACUCCAGCCUGGGCAAUAGAGUAAGACCCUGUCUCAAAAAAUAAAAAUAAAAAAUAAAAACACCAUUCCCUGAGUUCCAUUCCCAGGUUGUAAUUUAACUGCUGUGGGAUGAAGCCCAGAUGUCAAUAUUUUUUCUAGAUACUUUAGGUGAUUCUAAUUCACAGCCAGAGUUGGAAGCCCUAUGUGGCCUUUGAAGGUCUAGGUGACUCUUCUUUGCCCUUUGGGCUUUUCCCUGUCUCACAGGUAUCUAGAAAAAAACUCCUCUUCUUGGGCAACCUGUCCUUUUAAAAUCACACACUCUAUCCACCUGUACAGAGGACCAUGCCCUAUCAUGAAAUGUUUAUUCCUCUUUAUAAAUGGAAGAUAGACAUUUUGUGGCACUUCUGGACCAACUACUACCUACCAUUCUUUUGAAGAAAGGUAGGAAGAGUGCUUUCUAAUUCAGAAGACAAUGUUUUCGUUAUUCUGAUAAACAAUAGCCAAACUCAGACCUUGUACAGAUUCUUCUUUUUAUUUGAAUUGCUGAAAUAAGUUCUUGAUGAUGAAAAAAAUAGAUUAGGGAGGAAUUAUUUAUAUUAUCUUAGGCACCUGUAAUUACCUGUAGUUAAUCUCAGUGGCUCCUAAGCCUGGCUGCAAAGAAGAAUCAACAGGGACACUUUUUUUAAAAACACCCUUAUCAGCUGGGGCAACACAGUGACACCCCCAUCUCUAUAAAAAAAAAUUAGCCAGGUGUAGUGCUGUGUGCCUGUAGUCCAAGGUACUCAGGAGGAUAAACACACACUCAGCGUCACAUACAUACACAUACAUAUAUAUAUAUAUACACACACACUCAGCCUCACAUACAUACACAUACAUAUAUAUAUAUACACACACUCAGCCUCACAUACAUAUACAUAUAUAUGCACACACUCAGCCUCACGUACAUACACAUACAUAUAUACACACACACUCAGCCUCACAUACUUACACAUGCAUAUAUAUAUACACACACACUCAGCCUCACAUACAUACACAUACAUAUAUAUAUACACACACUCAGCCUCACAUACAUACACAUACAUAUAUAUAUAUAUACACACACUCAGCCUCACAUACAUAUACAUAUAUAUAUGCACACACUCAGCCUCACAUACAUAUAUAUAUAUACACAGCCUCACAUACAUACACAUACAUAUAUAUAUACACACAGCCUCACAUACAUACACAUACAUAUAUAUAUACACACUCAGCCUCACAUACAUACACAUAACAUACACAUACAUAUAUAUAUACACACACACAGCCUCACAUACAUACACAUACAUAUAUAUAUACACACAGCCUCACAUACAUACACAUACAUAUAUAUAUACACACACUCAGCCUCACAUACAUACACAUACAUAUAUAUAUACACACACACAGCCCCACAUACAUACACAUACAUAUAUAUAUAUACACACACUCAGCCUCAUAUACACACACUCAGCCUCAUAUAUAUAUAUAUAUGGCCUCCUGAGUACCUGGAGGUGUAUAUAUAUAUAUAUGUCUAUCUCACAGUUGGGCUUGAUUCUUCCAUAUUCCAAGGAGUAUAAUUUCACUUCUAUAGACUUACACAUAAACAAAAAUCAUCUUUGUGGGCUUCCUUCCUUUACUGUUCCCAGUGAAUUACAUGACCAACAACUUCCAUACGUUUAAAAAUGUUCUAGAACUAGAAUCAUCCUGCUGCUGGGAACUACCCACAGCUCUGCCUUCAAUGCCAAAUGAAAACAUAGAUCCCAAGUUAGCUGAAUCAGGCCAAGCAACUUUUGUGUGUAUCUAGGACUGGCUACAUAAUUUGCAGAGCCUAGUGAAAAAUGAAAAUGCAGGCCCAUCAUUCAAAAGUUAUUAAGAAAUUCAAGAUGGCAACAGCAGUUGUCACACCAAGCACAGUGCCCUUCCAAGCAUGAGGCUCUGUGUGACUGCAUGGGUCCAUGAGACCAGCACUGUGUGCAUCUGAAUGAUGGCUCUGAUGCUCAUUUUAGCACACAUGGUCUACCACGUCUGCAUGAGUGGCAAAUAUAGUGCCUGGGUCGAAAUGUUGCUUCUGUUCAAAUCGAAAUACCUCAUCUCUAUGGCUGUACAUUAGGACCUGAACAGUGGCCCAUUGCUCUUAGAUUGGAACUAUGGCCACUAAAAUAAACCUAAGCAGAUGUUGUAGACCUAGCCCCACAGGACUGCAUUUGACUGGCUUUAGUGAUACUUCGAUGAAAGUAAGGGGAAGUGGAGACAUUAUAGAAAAAAUAUAUCAACUCUCAGAGAAAACUCUUGACUUAAAAACUUAACUGUAAUAAAUAUAUCUUUUUCAGGUGAUGAAUAUAUCUUUUUCAGGUGAUGAAUUAUGUUUUUAAAACGUUUACCUGUAGGAAUUCUGUGGUAUAAUUUGUAUUAUACCACAAAUAUAUUUGUAGUAGUGCUAUAUUAAUGCAAAUUAAUUAUUUUUUAAGUUAAGUCCAAAAAAUAAUCUAGAAAGUACGUCUCCAGAGCAAAUCUGACCUAGCAUUUGGUGUGCCAGGCUUUGCUUUUCAUGAUUUUGAAAUAAAUUGAUAAUUAGAUUGAACAAUAUGAAGAAAAUAAAUUUGUAUUUUUAA